GCCUUUAGCGCCCGUAGGUGGCGCCCCUCGUCCGUGCUUGCGCAUCUCGCGGCUCUCCAGGCGCAGCUCGGAACCCCGCGUGUCUCCCCGGGUCUUCAGAGCCCAGAGACUGCGUUUUAAUAAAUACGCGCGUUGGCACCGCGCUCCACAAGCCCCGGGGUUCAGAGAAGCAGACACAUAAACCCGGGCGAGGAAGCGCUUCUUUAAUCUGCGCCAAAAGCUGACGUUUCACAAGCGGAGAUUUGGAAUUGCAGUUCUAAAACCAUUAAAUUACCAAGCUUUUUCCUCCCUUAAAAAAAAAAAAAAUACUUUUUUUUCUUUCUUUCUUUUUUUUUUCAAACGUCCGUUCCCCCACCCCCUUUAAUUAUGAAAGUGGCCACUCCGUUCAGGAUUAAGACUUGGAGGGACUUUGGAAAAGAAAAGGAAUCUGGAAGAAGACCCGGGGGCGCCUAGUUUUAAGAAGGCACCUAGGAAGACUGCGCUGGGUGUCUAGGUGAGAGCCGGACCCGGGCUUGGCAAGGUCCGCUGGUGCCUUCCUUCUGAGAAUCAUUUGGCCUUGACCAUCUCAGCCAGCCGAGGAUCCAGCCUAGACAAGGCUCCUGCUCCCGUCCUGCGUGUUCCUGUGCGCACCCGGGCAUCUCUUCGGCUCCGGCCGGCCUUGGCGUCCUCCGGGCGCCCCCCAGCCCAGAUGCCCGCGCCUGGCCGGGACCCCCGAGGGCCACCGCUGAACAUGCCCGGGCGCCGGGGGGCGCUGCGUGAGCCAGCCGACUUUGGCUCCAGCUUGGGGGCGGCGCUGGCCCUGUUGUUGCUGCUGCUCCCCGCCUGCUGCCCUGUGAGGGCUCAGAACGACACGGAGCCCAUCGUGCUAGAGGGCAAGUGCCUGGUGGUGUGCGACUCCAGCCCAUCGGGGGACGGCGCCGUCACCUCUUCCCUGGGCAUAUCUGUGCGCUCAGGCAGUGCCAAGGUGGCCUUCUCCGCUACUAGGAGCACCAACCAUGAGCCGUCAGAGAUGAGCAACCGUACCAUGACCAUCUACUUCGACCAGGUUUUAGUAAACAUCGGCAACCACUUCGACCUGGCCUCCAGUAUAUUUGUAGCACCACGAAAGGGGAUCUAUAGCUUCAGCUUUCACGUGGUCAAAGUGUACAACAGACAAACAAUCCAGGUCAGUUUAAUGCAGAAUGGCUACCCGGUGAUCUCCGCGUUCGCAGGAGACCAGGAUGUAACCAGGGAAGCAGCCAGCAAUGGUGUUCUGUUGCUUAUGGAAAGAGAAGACAAAGUUCAUCUCAAACUGGAGAGAGGAAACCUCAUGGGAGGCUGGAAAUACUCCACAUUCUCGGGCUUCUUGGUGUUUCCUCUAUAGACAUGCAGCCACCCUGACAGUGGGAAGGUUUGGAUCAGGAACCAGGGAUCUGCCCUCUGUAACACCUUGAACUUGUCUGAAUAGGAUGGCUUGGGCUGACCUCCAUCAGAUUGUUGCCGUAGAAGAAUGAUCUUCUUCUAAAGCUCCAGUAUUUUCUUUGACUAUUGACAAUUCCUCGGGAACCUGGCCUCUAAUUAGUUUUAGACGACAAGGUCUUAAGGAGAAAUGAAAUUAUCGAUUUGAGCAAUUUGUACCUGUGAUUGUAAAGUCAAUAUCGGAUUUUAUUGUUGGAACCACUGACUUACCUUCUAUGGUUUGUACGUUGUAUCCUUCCUUGUCCUGAUGACAUAGAUGCUGCUGACCCUCAGAUGGAUUGCACGCUGCAGUCAGGGCUCAACGCAAGAGCCCAGCAAAGAACCACCUGCCAGAGAGUCCCUGACUUGUGUUCUGUGUGUGUGUAUAGCCUUAAGAAAAAGAACGGCUUCAUUUUCAUUCUGUAGCUUACCCCUGGGGUCCUGGGAGGAUGGGGAGGGAGCUGGGCACUGGGGACCUGUCAAAAGUGCUUUAUCCUGCACGAGUGAACUGCAGCUUUUGUUUUGUAUUGUCAGUGAUUUUCUGUUUUCCUCUGGAAGCUUCCUUUUCCUUCCUCAGGUUUCACGCCUGCCUCAAACCUACUUAGUUUUCAUGCUGGGGUCCUGGAGAGAAAACAACAACAACAAAACUUAUGUUCAGUACUUGUAUGAGAUCAAACAAAACAAAACAAAAUCUGCAUACUUUGUUUUGAAUGAGAGGAAACCAGGGGGUGGGGGAAGAAGUCCUUCUUUCAAAGUAAGGACAGCAGAUAGACCAUUCUGCAUGUUCUUCCCUGGAGUCUCUCUCAAAUGCAUCUUCAGAUUUGCAACCAGGAUUUUAUUUAUUUAUUUAUUUUUUAAUUUAUACUCUGGGAUCCUUUAAGAGCCUGGCCUUCCCCAUUGGUCAUGAAUCCCUUAAAAGUGGAGCUGAGGUGACCCAAUCCCCCCUUUGCUUUUCCUCCUGAUGUGUCUCAGUGGUGACUUAGAUCUGCCUCUGAGUGACCACACAAUGACCAGAUGCUUCAAAGAAACAGGACCAGCAGCGCCUCUUCCUGGAGACCUUCCUUUGAUCUGUCAUGGAGAGGGAUGUGUUGACACUCUGUGGAUGAACACCUGGCCAGAAGCCACCUGGACUGGAAGUCACAGCCAUUGAAGGUACUGGCUGCUGUACCCCACCAGUGGUUUUUCAAACCCUGCUUGUUUUGGCAUCUCCUGCAACAACACUAUUCAGUUGCAGCUGAGAGACCUGGUGCAGUAUGUGUGCGCCAAGGAAAUGUCACUAAUCCCAAAGCAAUCAAAGAUGAGACCUCAAACUGGAUGUCAAUUUGUCCUUUGUGUAACAAUGUAACCAAAAUAUUGACUAUAAAACUCAUAAUUUAAGAUUCAGAAUAAACGGGUUUGAUGUCUGUCUUGCUCUAGUCCCUCCUCAUCGUCUCUCUCAAAAUGAUGGGGAGGUAUAGGAUAAGUACCAAGGAACUGAGGAUGUUAAAUUUAUGUUGUGAUUUCUUUAUAAAGGACACACACACACACACACACACACACACACACACACACACUACUGAUGCAGCUAUAGGUCUCUGGGGGUGUAUUGCUCACUUAGAUAUAUAUUCAGUUUAUACUUACGUAUUUUUUCAAAGAGUAAUAUUUUGGAGGAGAGAGCUAAAAGACAAAAUUAAGGCUUAAGAGGUAACUAGUAAUAUCAAAGAUUCGAACAUUUGAGAAGGCUCAGUUGUUUUCAACUUGUAUGUGAGAAUGAAUUUCAUGGUCAAAGGUCAAGUGCAGGAAACAUUGUAUAGUGAUAGUUGAAUUAAAGUCCUCAGCUUUUCUGUCCUAACGUGAACAAGGAAUUAGGAUAAGAAGCUUUAUUCUAUUAAAAUGAUGUUGUCUGGUGAGGAGGGGAAAUCGACCACAAAGCAUUUGGGGUACUCUGACUCUGGCUUGAAAACAUAUUUCUAAGUGUGAGCUAUGUUUAUGGAUGCUGGGGACAAAAACAGAAGGCAGAUGGAGUAUGUGUCCCUCGUGUUUUGUUAUUCUUAGAUAUUUUAAUUCUCUUUCCCUCAUUUCCUUAACUUCAUGCUCACUUUAAAACAAGAAAGAAAACCUCAUCUGAAGACAGUCUUACACUGCAGAGAUUGGAAGAUGUAGGAGUCCUUGCUAUUAAUAUUUACAUCCUUUAAUAAUACAUAAUGCCCAUAUUUCAUUGUAUUUAUAUCUUUAUCGUGUACAGAUUGCCACUGGGUAGUACUGUCUCAUAAAUAAGUUAUUAAAUUAACCAAUAUAAAUGUAUUUCAGGAGUUUAUUUUCUGUUAGAAAAUCAACUUCCUCCUGAUGGUUGUCCUCUUAGCCUUCUUUCUUUUCCUGCAAUGCAAAUGCCAGACGGUACAUUAGUACGUAGCCCUCCUGGUGGGAGGCAUUCUACCCAUCGCAGCAUCGGCCUGUGCCACACCCAUAUAGAAAUUAUGUAGAUUUAUUACUUGCUUGAGAAAUAAAACUUAGCUAAAUCAAGUUAUAUUGAAUAUCAGAAGAGUUGUAAAAUACACCAUUCAAAACAAUACCUCUGCUGAAAAUUCAGUUUGCUUGUAAUAUCCUUAAGAGAUGUGACACUGGCAGACUUGUCCCAGAAGAAACAUAUAAGUCAGAUCAAAAGUUAAGAUGUGUUAUUUUGUUUGUUUGUUUUGUUGUUGUUGUUUGGAUUGAGAAGAAUGGUCUAACAUUUCUAGAAAGAGCUCAACACUCCUGGUUCCUACCCUCAGUGUUCAUAUCUGCAGAGUCAAUACUCAGACUCCAUAUAGUCAGUCCACCCCACAAGGCUGUUGAGAUAACCUCUCAGAAGUUCUUGAGAAUGAAGGGAGAGCAUGGGGGUAAUAGGUGGGAGUUUACAGCUGGGAGAGUGUUUUCAUAAAAGGAUAUUUUUCAAUGUGCCGUUAUAAAGAUCACUUAAAUAUCUGACAGGAAGAUGAUUGUGCAUGGAAGUGCAUUUUCAAAACUCUAAAAAGACUGCUAAAGCUGUAAUGUUCUGUUGAAGUUUUCCUCAAUUUAAUCUUUUAGGGACAAGAUAAUAUAAAAAUCUACGCAUCUGAGUCUAUUUGCCUUCUCAGUUCUGUUGUUUGGCCGUCCCUCGUGGUCCAUGCUGACCCUCAUCUUCUAGUAUGUACUGCCAAAUUUUAUAAAACAUAUAUUGAUGAUAUUCUUAUAAAAGCAGCAUAGAUAACAUCAGCAUAUCCAACAUACACCUUUUAAAUGUUAGCUUUCUUUCUGAUAAAUGUUAGCUUUCUUAAGCUGCAAAUGCUUUUCAGGAAAUGCUCCUGUCUUAAAAUAUAUUCUCAGUUGACAUACAACCCUCAUGAACUCUAGAUCCUGAAAGAUUGUAUUUACCAUCUGUGAUUCCUGAGACAUUUUUGUACCCUAGUAUUUUUGUUAAACUUUCGUGUAUGGCAUAGAUCAUCUACAUUUUUAUGAUGUGUACUUUCUAUACCUCCUCCUAUCAAAGUUGGUGAAGGAAACAGCUACUGAAUACUAGAAUAAAAACUCAUCCAUGUA